UUUGCAGUUAGUUGCGGGCUUCUGUUGCUGGUGUGGCGGAUCGCUGGUCGCAGGGAACUUUACCACGCUGGAUCCCAAAGUCCGUCUCUCUCACGUGCGCAGUUCGGAGCUGCCAUGGAUCUCGCGCCUGGAUUGGCAUUCUUAAUCAUUUUGCCGUUAUUUCUGCACUCGAACGGUCUCUAUAUCGCCAGUAGCGUAGACUCCCUGCAGCGUGUCUUGGGGGAGUAUGGACUGGUCAGGCCGGUGAGGUCGGACGCUGAGGGCCGCUUCCUGUCGCACGCCGUGUCGUCGGGCCGGUGGGAGGGGCAGCCCCGUAGGCGCCGGAGGAGAGAGGCGGGAGAGGCGAAGCACCACGAGCAGGAGGAGGAGCAGGACCGGGAGCGGCGGGGGGAGGAGGAGGAGGAGGAGCAGGACCGGGAGGAGGCGCACAGCCGGCUCUUCUACAACGUCACCGUCUUCGGCCGGGAGUUCCACCUGCGGCUGCGGCCGAACGCGCGCCUGGUGGCCCCCGGAGCCAAGGUGGAGUGGCAGGGCGACGGGGCGGCGGGCGAGGGCCCCUCGCGCAGCGAGCCCCUGCUGGGGGACUGCCUGUACGUGGGCGACGUCAGCGGGCUGGCCGGGGCCUCCGUCGCCAUCAGCAACUGCGACGGCCUGGCCGGGAUGAUCCGCACGGAGCAGGAGGAGUUCUUCAUCGAGCCCCUGGAGCGCGGGGGUCAGGUGACCGGGGAGGAGGAGGGCGGGGCCGGCCGGCAGCACGUCGUGUACCGCAGCUCGGCCGUCAAGAGGCCCCCCGCCAGCCUGAGCGAGGACUUCCACUCGCGAGGUGCGGACCUGGGGGGCCUGCUGGACCUGGAGACGCUGUACCGGGGCGUCGAGCAGAACCUGAACCAGAGCCGCCGGGCUCGGAGGCAGGCCGUGGACCGGGCCUACAACAUCGAGGUUCUGCUGGGCGUGGACGACUCCGUGGUGCAGUUCCACGGCAAGGAGCACGUGCAGAAGUACCUCCUCACCCUCAUGAACAUCGUGAACGAGAUCUACCACGACCACUCCCUGGGCGCCCGGAUCAACGUCGUUCUGGUGCGGAUCAUCAUGCUGGGCUACGGGAAGUCGAUGAGCCUGAUCGAGCUGGGGAACCCGUCCCAGAGCCUGGAGAACGUGUGUCGCUGGGCCUUUCUGCAGCAGAAGCAGGACACGGGCGACGCAGAGUACCACGACCACGCCAUCUUCCUCACCCGCCAGGAGUUCGGGCCUACCGGCAUGCAGGGUUACGCCCCGGUGACGGGCAUGUGCCACCCGGUACGGAGCUGCACUCUGAACCAUGAGGACGGGUUCUCCUCCGCCUUCGUAGUGGCACAUGAGACCGGACACGUGCUGGGUAUGGAGCACGACGGCCAGGGGAAUCGCUGUGGAGACGAGGUGCACAUGGGGAGCAUCAUGGCCCCAUUGGUGCAAGCUGCCUUCCACCGCUUCCACUGGUCCCGCUGCAGCCAGCAGGAGCUGGGCCGCUAUCUACAUUCCUACGACUGUCUCCGCGACGACCCCUUUGACCACAACUGGCCUUCGCUGCCACGGUUGCCAGGGAUCCACUACUCCAUGAACGAGCAGUGUCGCUUCGACUUCGGGGCGGGCUACAUGAUGUGCACAGCGUAUCGCACUUUCGACCCCUGCAAGCAGCUGUGGUGCAGUCACCCCGACAACCCCUUCUUCUGCAAGACCAAGAAGGGCCCGCCCAUCGACGGCACCAUGUGUGCCCCGGGGAAACACUGCUUCAAGGGCCACUGCAUCUUCCUGACCCCCGACAUCCUGAAGCAGGACGGCAACUGGGGCAUGUGGAGCAAGUUUGGGGAGUGCUCCCGGACCUGCGGGGGUGGCGUCCGCUUCCGAAUCCGCCAGUGCGACAACCCCAUCCCUGCUAACGGAGGCCACACCUGCUACGGCCCCAACUACGAGUUCCAGCUCUGCAACACGGAGGAGUGCGCCAAUAUCUUCAGCGACUACCGCGAGGACCAGUGCCGGAUGUGGGACCCGUCCUUCGAGUACCAGAACACCAAGCACCACUGGCUCCCCUUCGAGCACUCCGACCCCAAAGAACGUUGCCACCUGCACUGCCAGUCCAAGGAGACGGGGGCCCGGGUGGACAUGCAGAGGAUGGUGUACGAUGGCACCCGCUGCUCCUACAAGGACCCCUACAGCAUCUGCAUGCGCGGAGACUGUGUGAAAGUGGGCUGUGAUCGGGUCAUCAGCUCCAGCCAGCAGGAGGACAAGUGCGGGAUCUGUGGGGGAGACAACUCCAGCUGCAAAAUCGUCAAGGGCAACUUUCACCGCAGUGCCAAGAAACAAGGUUUUCUGAAAAUCCUUGAAAUCCCUCGAGGUGCCAGACAUCUGCUCAUCCAGGAAUUCAAGGGAACUCCACACGUCCUCGCGGUGAAGAACCAGGCCACGGGCCAGAUCUUCCUGAAUGGCGAGGGCGAAUCCCCAGACACACGCAACGUCGUCGAGAAGGGCGUGGAGUGGGAGUACGAGAACGACGAUGACAGGGAGUCGGUCCAGACCACCGGCCCCCUGAAAUACGGAGUCGUCAUCAUGAUUCGGUCCUACGGGGACUCCAAGGUCACGCUGUCCUACAAAUACAUCAUCCACAAGGAGCUGCAGUCCUUCAUCGAGAACAACGUGCUCCAGGAGGACUCGUCCUUCUACGAGUGGUCUCUGAAGAAGUGGUCUCACUGCUCCAAGCCCUGUGGGGGAGGUAAGCAGUACACACGCUACGGAUGCAGGAGAAAGUCUGACAGUAAGAUGGUCCACCGGGUCAACUGUGAGAACAUAAAGAAGCCUCAAGCCAUCAGCAGGGACUGCAACCAGAAAGAGUGUUCCCUACCCAUCUGGGUGACAGGGGACUGGGAGGCGUGCAGUAAGUCUUGCGGCAAGACGGGGUAUCAGAUGCGCUCGGUCCGCUGCAUCCAGCCGCUGCACGACGGCACCAACCGCUCCAUCCACAGCAAGUACUGCAACGACGACCGGCCCGAAGCCAGACGGGCCUGCAACCGCCAACUCUGCCCUGCGCAGUGGAGAGUGGGGCCCUGGUCACAGUGCUCGGUAACGUGUGCUAACGGGACGCAGGAGCGGCAGGUUCUGUGUCACACGCGGGACAACACCAUCGGCCUGUGUCUGGAUGCAAAACCGGAGACCAUCAGGGCCUGCAGACUGUCAGCGUGCCCAAGGGGCUCCUCAGACCACGGCAAGAACGGGAACCACCUGAUCCAGUUUCUGUCCCGUCCCGACCCGGAGUUCCCCAUCCAGAAGAUCUCCUCAAGGCAGCGUUGCCAUGGGGACAGGUCCGUGUUCUGCCGGAUGGAGGUUCUGAGCCGGUACUGCAGCAUCCCGGGUUACCAGCAGAUGUGCUGCAAGUCCUGCAGCGAGGGGAACCGCACGGCGCGCGCCAACGGAACCGCGCGCGCCAACGGAACCGCGCGCGCCAACGGAACCGCGCCCCACAGGACGCACCCCACGCCCCCGAGCGCCACGGACAGGAACCACACCACCGUCCGCCCGAACACCACCGUGAACUACGGCCCGAAUCCCGGGCAGUACACCACGGCUCCGUGGUAUACAACCAGCACGCAGUCUUUCUUCACCACGCCCACCGUCGCGAGUGAAUACACCGGCACGUUCAUCCCCGACACCACCUUCAGUUACACGACAGAUACCAGCGCCACCUUCAGCGAAGCUGGCACUACAGUUCCCAGCGUCCCCUUCGGCGGUGAGGACGCCGCGGUUUCCAGCACCGCUGGCGCUGAAGAGUACUCCACGGAUUCUGGCAGUAGCAUCAUCUUCGAGACUACAGUUCCCAGGAGCACUUUCACCAGCGGCGACGUCAUAAUGCCCAGCACGAUUAUUACUACCCGUGACAUCACCGCAGUCAGUCCCACCGCCGCUGCCCGGUUCGACGUGAAGCCCACGCCCCAGCCUGCUGCCGUUCCGACCACGGAAACAUCCGGAAGGCGCACCGCGCUGCCCACCACGACGCCCACGCCGAUGCCGACGACCGCCCGGCCCUCGAGCAGAACCGCGGGGGUCAAGGAGGACAACGCCAUCGACGUGCCGUACCGCAUCGUGGGCGUGGACAACGGCGAGGUCUCGCAGAACAACUUCAUCCCGCGCGGCGGGAGGCGCAUGUACCGGGAGCGCACGCGCAACAAGCGCAUCCAGGAACUCCUGGCGGAGAAACGCAACGCCCUGAGACGCAGCAGGCGGGGGCCGGCCGCGUGACGCCCGCCGACCGACGCCCCCGCGGGAAUUUCUCUUAUAGAGAUCCAGUCCUCGUCAAUCACAGAUUGCCACUAUUUAAUCCCGGGUCUGCGAUGGUGCUGAGAGAUAAAUAAAUAAAUAAUUAAAUGACGAAUAAUAAUAAUAAUGAUAAUGAUGAUAAUAAUAUUAAUAAUAAUAAUAAUAAUAAUAAUAAGGCGAGGAAAAGAAGCGAUUCUCCUCCCACCUGAACUGGGAAAAUAGCUCGCAAAAGAUAUCGUGGAUGACGAAUAACCACUGGCAAAUGUUUGCACAGUUGCUUUUGAAUCAAAGAACCUUCCCUUUAGGAUAUUUCUCUAAAGAUAUUUGAUGGAAGCAAUUCUGAAUAUGGGCGUGUGCGCGAUAUCUCUAGCGGCAGGGUAGGCAUGAUUUGGCAUCCUAGAAGUGACACUUAAUCUCUCCAAAUCCAUUUCCCCAAAAGCACCCAGGAGAUAUACACAUAUGUUAACCACAAACCCUUCUCCGCCUCACACAUAUGACCACAAAUACUUCUCCACUGCACACAUAUCCCGCUCAAAUAGCUUAUUCACGCAUUCCUUUACUCUGUCCAACUUCCUUUGACUCUAUCGCGAUCCUUUGAUAAUGUUCUCUUCAAAGAUUCAUGUUAGCCAAGUACUUCUACUCGUGAAGGCACAUACGCAUACCGUAGCACGCUUUAACAUUACAAAUAUUGCCUAGGACUGCAGCAUAAUUCGUAUAGAGGGAAGCUAUGAUGUGCAAAGAAAUUAUGUUGUGUUUGCUGGUACAGUCUGCUUGCAGAUUCACACAUUAUUUUAUAAGGACCCAGUUCUUCAGUUAAAAUCUGUUUCAGCUCAUGUCUUACCUGCUGGGGGGUACACUUCUUAAGCUAAAGUAAUUCACAGUCAAAAAACCUUUUUGCACACAGUUUAUCCAGCGGAAUAUUUCCGGAGGUAAAGUAACUGGUAACUUCCUUGCUCAGGUAUACGAUGGCCCCAACUGGCCAUUACACAACCGAGGUGCUAGUCCAACAACCGAGUCUACACUACCCUGCGGUGCUGCUCAAAGUUUUUUAUUUCAAUCGCCACGCUACUACUGCACAUCAUUGGUUGUCGAAAAUGUUCACCUACUCAUCUGGGUAGUUUAGACAGAGCAGGGAUUCUUUACUACAGUAAAACAGGGUAACUAUCUCUUUCUUUCUCUCUGUCUCACACACACAAACACGUAUGCAUAUUAAUUAUCUCUUUCUCACACACACACACACACACACGCGAACAGACAAUCACCCUUCUGACACCAGAGGGACCACCAGGCACGGACAGGGUUUGGAGAAAUAAAGUUCAUUCUGGACCUGGCCGGCACAUUCGGAGCCAGCACCUUCAUCACUAGAACCCUGUUCCUGUAGUCCUGCUAACCUUAGCCGCUAACGCACUCGUGUUUUUUAUUGCACAAAGACUCACUGCUUUUGAAAUGCAAAGAAAAUGAACAGGUCUCUAUGUAACUUUGGGAGUGGCAUGGACAGAUUGUUAAGGUACGCCCGAAUAGCGUGUGUAAAUAAAUCCAAAAGUUGCUUUCAGUGUCAAAAACCAGCGUCAAUAGCCCUUUGCUUAAUUGCUUAGCGCUUUGAAGUGUUAUAAAGGUUUCCUGUGAGAAUAUAUAACAGAUCCAUUCUCCCAUGGGAGCGGUUUUCUCAUCUUCUUCUCUCCGGUAGGAUCAUACUCUCCAAAGUAUUUCCGAGACCUUUUCAUUCACUUUUGUGUAUUAACGUAAAGAGAAAAAAAAAAGAACAAAAAAUAAAAACUCUUAUUACCUACUGCAUCACAACAGAAGCUUACAGGGCCAAUUAUUUCUGACACUGCCUUAUGAACACUCUUCUACUCGCGAAACCGGCUACAAAAAUAUAAGCACAUAGAAUCUCCCUGUACGAUAUCUGUACAUAUGAAUUAGAACUUUAUUUUGAAUAUUUAUUAAAGUUCAAGUGCCUGUG